AUGGGUACCUUUUUCUCCAAACGUCAAAGUGUAGAAUUUACCUUGAUCCCGUCAGAAGAAAUAAGCGGCCCAUUGGGCCUAGGUGACCCUGAAAGUAAAGAAAUCACGAAGGUUGAAGAGGAGAGCAUUAUACCGGCGCUUAUGCAAGACAGAUUGAGAACGAAACAAUGCGCGGAGCUUUGGGAUGCAAUGUACAUUUGCAAGACGGACUUUCAUAAGGCUUUGGAGUGCAACAAAAGAUAG